AUGGUCUGUGUUCCCUGUCUGAUUCUUCCGGUAAUAUUAGCAAUAUACCUGAAGUUCAUACAACCAUAUGUACUGAGGCUAUUUCCUGAAUCUUGGCGAGCGAAGUUUGAUGCGAUAUUAUACCCGACAUGUCCAAUACAAACUCAAGCAGCGAAAGCAAACGUUUCUAAGGUUGAAAGCUCCGAAGAAACACCUGCAUGUUCAUCGGGUAACAAGAAGACUGAUUAA